AUGAGCACAAUGGCCGUGCCGAGGGUGUAUGCCGGUCAUUGGCUCCGUUGUGUGCUGGUAGUGGUGUGUGCCUUGUGCUGGGCAUCAUCCUCUGUUAGGCUCGUGGCGGGACAGGCCGGGCAGCUGAGCGUGGACGCCUCGCCGCAGACUGCGAGGAAGAUGCCUGACAAGAUGUUCGGCAUCUUUUUUGAGGAGAUCAACCAUGCUGGUGCUGGUGGGUUGUGGGCAGAGCUUGUGAGCAACAGAGGUUUUGAGGCCGGUGGGCCUAAUACACCAUCAAACAUCGACCCAUGGUUCAUAAUUGGAAAUGAAUCAAGCAUCAUCGUGGGAACCGAUCGGACAUCUUGUUUCGAACGUAACCCGGUCGCACUCCGAAUGGAAGUUCUUUGUGGUUCUAAAGGAACUAAUGUCUGCCCAUCCGGAGGGGUUGGGGUCUACAAUCCUGGUUACUGGGGCAUGAACAUUGAAAGAAGGAAGGGUUAUAAGGUGAGCCUGCACAUUAGGUCUUCAGAUGCAGUUUCCUUGACCAUUUCUUUGGCAAGCUCUGACGGUCUGCACAAACUCGCUUCUCGCACCAUCACGGGUGGCAAGAAACAAUUCGCCAAAUGGACAAAGAUACAGUUUCGUUUGUAUUCCAGCCAAAACAACACUAAUUCAAGGCUUCAAAUUACAACCACUAAAACUGGGGUGGUCUGGCUCGAUCAAGUGUCGGUUAUGCCAUCAGACACUUACAUGGGACAUGGUUUUCGGAAGGAUCUUGCUUCUAUGUUGGCCAAUUUAAAGCCCCAGUUUCUCAAGUUUCCAGGCGGUAACUACGCCAUGGGAAACUAUCUAAGAAACGCGUUUCAUUGGGGCGAAACUGUGGGUCCAUGGGAGGAAAGACCUGGCCAUGUCAAUGAUGCCUGGGGAUACUGGACUGACGAUGGGCUUGGAUUCUUUGAGUUCCUUCAGUUAGCUGAAGACCUUGGUGCUUCCCCUGUUUGGGUGGUGAAUGAUGGAGCAAGCAUUAAUGAAGAAGUUCCUACUGCAAUAAUUGCAUCUCUGGUUAAGGAUGUUGUUGAUGGCAUCGAGUUUGCAAGGGGAGGCGCCAACACUACAUGGGGUUCAGUUCGUGCGGCAAUGGGACAUCCACAGCCCUUUAAGCUUGAUUAUGUUUCAAUAGGGAAUCAAGAAUGCUGGAUGCUCUACUACAGAGGCAAUUACCAAAAGUUCUAUUCUGCGAUUAAAGCUGCCUACCCAGACAUCAACAUUAUAUCAAGCUGUGAUAAGUCAACUAUUUCAGCAUCCAACCCUGCCGAUCUAUAUGAUGUUCAUGUCUAUGCAUCUUCUGCUAAUAUGUUUUCGAGAACUAGUAUGUUUGACAACACACCACGCAGCGGACCAAAGGCAAUUGUUAGUGAGUACGCCGUGACUGGAAACGACGCUGGCAAAGGAACACUGGUAGCAGCACUCGCAGAAGCUGCAUUUCUCGUUGGAUUAGAGAAGAACAGUGAUGUGGUCGAGAUGGCAAGCUGCGCACCGCUGUUUGUAAACGACAACGAUCGCAGGUGGAGCCCAGAUGCCAUUGUGUUCAACUCAUGGCAGCACUACGGAUGCCCAAACUACUGGAUGCUGCACUUCUUCAAGGACUCGAGCGGCGCAACCUUUCACCCCACAACCAUGCAGGUCUCCAACUAUGACCAGAUGGUUGCAUCUGCCAUCACCUGGCAGAGUCCUAAAGACAAGAGCACUUACCUGAAAAUAAAGGUCGUAAACUUCGGCAGCAAAGCCGUGGAUCUCAACAUAACGGUCACGGGACUGGAGAGCGGCAUCAAGAGCUCCGGCUCGAAGAAGACGGUGCUGACAUCCGCGGCGCCGCUCGACGAGAACUCGUUCGGACAGCCAGAAAAGGUGGCGCCGGUGUCGAGCCCGGUGGCCGACGCCAAGCAGCAGAUGGGCGUGUCAGUGAGCCCUUACUCCCUCACCUCGUUCGAUCUCCUGCUGGAGCCCAGCAAACACUCAAUCAUAUGA